AUGGCUAGAGCAUCCGAGUUCCAAUCCAAAGUUGGGCUGGGGAAAGCCUUUUCCCUAUACUUUUGGAAAAGCUCUUCCCCGUUUUCCGGACACAAGACGAACGCCUCACCCUUCGGAAAGGUAAAAGAGUUGGUCACAGAUUUCACCAGCGGUGGUGGGCUGGCGCUGCAGUCAUGGCCACCGGCCAUUUUCUUCACGUCUGCAUUGGCCACACACGUCAUCAACGGAAUCUUUACCAUUCUUCAAGACCUGGAUGAAACCUACUAUAUUUCAGCAAGCUUUGCGUACCCGAUGAAGGUACCUCGCAAGAAGAUAUGCGACUUCAUGGUCGAUCAAUACAUUCGAUGUCAAUACUUCUGGCCGCAUCUGGAGAAGGGCACCACCGAGUAGGAGUACUGUCCCUUCCCGGCAGGCGCGUAUUGGAUAAAGGAUGUGGUUCCGGACGCUUCGUGGGUGCCACCGGUUGUGCCCACGGGACUUUGGCGAAUGACAAUUAGUGUGUGGAAUCGAAAUAUUGAACCAGUGUUUAA